AUGCCUGCGGCGCUGGGGCUGCGCUCCUUCCUGGUCCUGCUGCUGUGUCUCUUGGACCCCUCCUGGAGCCGCUUCCCCCGCUGGCUCUGCUUCGAGGGCCAGGUCCCAGAGAACAGCCCUCCAGGGAGCCGGGUCCAGGGCCUCCGCAUCCCUUUGGGCCGCCUGCUCCUCCUCUUCUCCCCGGGGCAGCCUCCGGGAGGGGAGUGGGCCUUGGAGGGCGAGGGCUCCUCCAGCUUCUCCCUCCAGCGCUGGCCGUCGGGGGGGCUGCUCUGGCUCCGCACCACCGAGCCUUUGGACCGGGAGGCGAGGCCCAAGUACAGCCUGGCUUUGAAAGGCCUUGGUCCUCGAGGGGCUCUGCUCCGGGUGCGGGUCCUGGACCGCAACGACCACCGCCCUCGGUUCCUGGCCUCGGGGGCUCUCGGCUGGGAAGUGGAGGAGCUGGCCCCGCUGGGCUCCGAGGUGGGUCGGCUGCGGGCCCUGGACGGGGACGAAGGGGCCAACGCUCGGCUCACCUACCGGGGCUCUGGAGCCUCGACGGGGCGGGCGCUGUUCGUGGUGCCCCGCAGCGGGCAGGUCUUGGCGGUGGGCUCCUUGCUGGGCCUCCGACGGCUCUCCCUCUGCGUCUGGGCCCAGGACCACGGACGGCCCCGGCCCCUCCGCAGCCAAGAGCGGCGCCUCGAGGUCGAGGUCAAGCCCAGCAGCAGCAGCAGCAGCAGCCAAGGAAGGCGGGGAGCAGGAAGGGGGCCAUCGCCGCCCCGACGGACCCGGUCCCUGCUGCCCCCGACGGCGCCCUCCGCCAGCCCCAUCGGCCCCCUCUACAAGGUCCGCAUCCCCGUCGGGGCGCCCCCCGGGGAGGCCUUCUUCACCGUCCCCGAGGAGGGCGAGGGAGGCAGCUGGUUCGAGCUGGCCACCCCCAGCGCCUUCCCCGUCCAGCUGGACAGGGCCACCGGGCGCCUCUCCCUGGCCAGGCCCUUGGAGAGAGGAGGACGGGCCCAGGUCGGGGUCAAGGUCCACCGGAGCCACGGAGAAGAGAGUGACUGGUACAUGUGUCGCGUGGUGGUCAUUGCUGUUGAAGAGGAACCCAUCUCUUGGGGAAUGUAUCCAUACCCCUAUUUGGCACGUGUUGAUCCUGAAGCUCGAGCGGGCACUUUGGUCUAUCAACUUGUUGCCCAUUAUAGCAAUAAUGAAAAUUCCACUGCUGGGAUAUCAUACGCCCUGAUUGCAGGUGGUGAAGAACGUUUUGAUAUAGAUACAGAUGCAGGUGUCAUAUUGACCACUGGCUUGCCUUUAACUUUGAACCAGGAGUAUGUGGUCACUGUGUUGGCCAUUGAUGAAUACGGUAGCAAAAGUCCCUAUGCUUUCAUCUCCAUCCUGGCUGGUUCCAGGCCUCCUCAGUUCACUAACAUGUCCUACAGUGUGUUCAUCCCAGAAAAUACUCCAGCAGAUGAAAGAGUGGCUGUCAUUGAAGCAGUUUCUUUCCAGAAUCAGCCUAUCUCUUAUAUGCUGCUGAUGAAUCCCAGUGGCCUGUUCAGCAUGGACCAAGAGACCGGCGAGCUCAGUUUAACUCAUAUGGUGGAUUUCGAGAGCGAGCAUCACCUCUACCAUUUUUUAGUGAAGGCUAUGGAAACAGGAAGUUUGCUCAGCAGUGUAACUGAGGUUAUAGUUCAUAUCACAGAUGAAAAUGACUGCUCUCCAGAAUUUCAGCAAUCCAUUUAUAGUCGGGAAAGUAUUCUAGAAUCAAUUCCUAUAGGGACAUCUUUAUUGCAAGUUCUUGCAACAGACUGUGACUCUGGCUCCAACUCCGAGAUUGUCUAUUUCAUUCAGAGUCCCGAUUUUUCCAUCACGCCAGAGGGUGUCAUCAAUUCCAACCAGCGACUGAACUUUGAGCGAUCAAACCACAUGUAUGAGUUUGUGGUGAUCGCCAUCGACAAGGGGCACCCUCCUCGGACAGGGACUGCCUCAGUGCGCAUUCGCAUGGCAAAUGUGAAUGACGAAGCCCCAGUAUUCUCCCAAUCUGUUUACAAAACUUUCCUCUCAGAAGAUGCAGGUCCUGGUAUAUUAGUAGCCACUAUCCAUGCAAAAGAUCCUGAUGGAGAUGGAGUGUUGUACUUAAUUACUGGUGGUAAUGAAGAAGGCAAUUUUGAACUGGAUAGCCAUAAAGGUAUCCUUCGGCUUCGCAGAAACCCUGUGCCUAAACUGAAGGGUCCAGAAUAUGUUUUAAAUAUCACUGCUGUAGAUGACAAUUCCUCUGGUGGGCCAAGAUCUCUCAGCAGCUUUGCUGAAGUUGUAGUGGGAAUUAAUGACAUCAACAACAACAAGCCCAUUUUCCGAGAGUGUGCUUAUUACAGUGACAGCAUUUGGGUUCUAGAAAACCAGCCACCGGGCACUUAUGUUCUGCGAGUAGAAGCCUAUGAUGCAGAUCUUGGCCUGAAUGGGGAAGUGAAGUACAGCCUCAUGCACAGGGAUGGGGCUUCACCAGGUUUCAGUAUUGAUCGUGAUUCAGGUGUCAUCACUACAACUCGGAGUUUUGACCGAGAGAAGCAGAGAGAGUAUACUCUGUCUGUGACAGCUACAGACCAAGCUCAGGAGCCAUUGAUUGGCAUGUGUCAAAUUACUGUCUUCAUUGCUGAUGUAAAUGACAACGAUCCAAAGUUUGAAAACAGCCGGUACCAAUACUUCCUCCGUGAAGACACCCCAGUGGGAACAAGUUUCCUUUGUGCCACAGCUCAUGAUGAUGAUCAGGGGGUGAAUGCUGCCAUUACCUACUCCAUGUCACAGCAAGAGCCAGAAUACUUCAAAAUCAACCCUAGCACAGGAUGGAUAUAUGUAAAUCAAGUCAUCUCCCAGACAUUUCAGAUAAACAGAUAUAUCACAGCCACUGAUGGAGGCAACCGGAGCAGCACCGUGGAACUGACAGUCACUAUAACUGAUGUGCUUAAUCAAUCACCACAAUGGGAUAAGAGGUCAUAUUGGGUCACAAUUCCAGAGAGCACGGCUCGUGACACCAAGAUAGUGACUGUCAAAGCCACAUCACCAUUGGGUGAUCCAAGAGUUACAUAUCACCUAGAGGAGGGACAAGUUCCAGAGACGAAUAUGCCUGUCCGCUUUUACCUCAAACCAAACAGAGCUGAUGGGUCUGCUUCACUUCUGGUUGCUGAACCUCUUGACUUUGAGACCACCAAGUUCUUCACACUGGGUAUUAAGGCUCAGAAUGUAGCAACAAUACCUUUGGCAUCCUUCACCACUGUUUGUAUUAAUAUAACAGAUGUCAAUGAUAAUGUCCCAUUCUUCACAUCUUCUACUUAUGAAGUUUCUGUACCUGAAGGAGCAGAUAUUGGUACCUCUGUUGUGCAGGUUGUAGCUACUGAUUCAGACUCCGGACUUCACGGAGAGGUUCACUAUUCAGUGCUGAAGGAUUCUAGUGGAGAUUACCAGUACUUCACCAUUGACUCCAAGUCAGGAGUCAUUUCCACCCAGACAUCAUUUGACAGGGAGAAGAGAGCAUCUUAUUUGAUAGAAGUUCAGUCGCAGGAUUCUUCUGAAUCAGCCCGGCCUGGUAUAUAUGGACAGCCUAACACAGAUACUGCGUAUGUGAGGAUAUUUAUUAGUGAUGUAAAUGACAAUUCUCCUGCUUUCCCACAUUUGUUGUAUGAAAUUAAUGUGGAUGAAGACCAGGAUGUUGGCUAUGCUGUUUUGACAGCUACAGCAAGCGAUAAAGAUGAAGGAUCUAAUGCCAACCUAAGAUAGAUCACUUCAGGAAAUGAGCGAGAGAUUUUAUGUGGAACCUCAGAGGGCACCAUUUUGAUUGCCCCGAGUCUCGAUUAUGAACAAGAGCAGCACUAUGAACUCCAGUUAGUAACUUCUGAUGAAUGGGAGAAUCACCAGCUUGUUAUAAUCAAUGUAAUCAAUAAAAAUGAUGAAGCACCUAUAUUCUCUCAGGAUGAUACCAUGGCUGUCUUGGAGGAGCUUGCUGCCCUGCCCGUAGUUGUUUUACAAGUUUCUGCGACUGACCCUGAUCAGGAAGCUGACCAGAGCACCUUUCAGUACACAUUGCAUGGACAAGGUGCCCAAAGUGAGUUCAGCAUCAAUGAGUAUACAGGGGAGAUCACUGCAAAUGAGAAACUGGACCGAGAGAAACGAUCGACGUGGCGCUUCCUUGUUCUUGCCACGGAUGAAGAUGGUGAGGGUCUGACUGGGUUUGCUGAUGUCAUCAUAGAUGUGAUGGAUGUGAAUGACAAUGCACCACUUUUCCUUUGUACCUCCGAUGGCUGUUUCAUGGGGCAAAUUCCAGAAGAUUCCCCUGCUGACUCCACUGUCAUGGAGAUGCUGGCAGUAGACCUUGAUGACCCCAGUGCUGGGAAGAAUGCUGUGUUAACCUACAGUAUUAUUCAGAAUGUUCAAAAUGAGAUUAACCUCAAUUUAUUCUCUGUUAAUCCAGCCACUGGCACGAUAUAUACAGUUCUGGGAACCUUAGACAGGGAGAAACAAGACAGAUACUUGGUAGUUGUUGAGGCAAAGGAUGGAGGGGGUCUUACUGGAACGGGGACUGCCACAAUUUUGGUGACGGACAUCAAUGACCAUGCUCCAGCCUUUACACAAAAGAUUUACACAGCCUUUGUCUCUGAGGGAGCAAGUCUCAAUACCGAGGUUGCUGAGGUGUCAGCUACUGAUGAAGACAAAGGAGAAAAUGCUGUGGUGACUUUCAGCAUUCUAGAUGGAGAUGAUGAUCGUAAGUUCUAUAUUGACACGGACAAAGCUGAGAAGCGUGGUGUGAUUCGGCUAAGGAAACAGAUUGAUUUUGAGAAGCCCCAUGAAAGGGUGUUUAACUUAACAGUGAAAGCUGAGGACCUGGAUUUUUUCAGCAUAGCUCACUGUGUCAUCUAUGUGGAGGACUACAAUGAUCAUGCUCCUCUGUUUUAUCCACAGUUCUAUGAAGUAGCAGGGCUGGCUGAAGAUGUCCCCAUUGGUACUAAAGUUGUCCAGGUGAUUGCCAUUGAUUUAGAUUCUGGGCUGAACGGAAGGUUUUCUUACCGCCUACUAAAUAAGUCAGACCCAAAUGGAAGGUUCUCUGUGAUUAACGAUGGCUGGGUCAUAGUGGCUGGAUCACUGGAUUAUGAGACUAUGCCACAGUAUCAGCUUGUGGUCAUUGCUACUGAUAUGGGACAGCCCAGCCUGAGCAGCAGUGCCACUGUCCUUGUAGCCCUUCAGGAUGUUAAUGAUAAUGGCCCAGAGUUUGAUGCUCCAUAUAAUCCAGUUGUUUGGGAAAACACUCCUUCUCCUCAGGUUGUCCAGAUGAAUGAUACCUCAACACUGUUGUAUGCUAAAGACAGAGACAGCCCAGUCAAUGGAGCACCCUUUUCUUUUCACUUACUGAGUGACUUUGGCAGUGUGACAUAUUUUAAUUUGCAAGACUUCAACAAUGGAAGUGCAAUGUUGACUGCACUGCAUACAUUUGACAGGGAAGUGCACAAGGUAUUUCAUCUGGGGAUUCUCAUUGCUGACAGUGGGAACCCCCCUAUGAGUUCAACCAACACAUUAACUGUUAAUAUUGGUGACCGAAAUGACCAUCCUCAUUCUGCCGGCAACAUGGAAUGUUUUAUCUACAGCUACAAUGGUAUCCUACCUACAACGGUCCUGGGUCAGAUUCAUGCCCCAGAUAAUGAUGACUGGGAUCACAAGACAUAUCACUUUGAAGGGAAAGCACCCAGGUAUUUUAUCCUCAAUGAUAAUUCUGGUUUACUAAGUAUAAAGGAAGGAACUCCAACAGGAAUAUAUGACCUAAGGGUUAAAGUUACAGAUGGUAUCUGGCCUGAUGUGGUCUCCACUGUAAAGGUGAUUGUAAAGGAAAUCAAAGAGGAAGCUGCUCACAAUGCAGGGUCUAUCAGAAUAAAAGAUAUCACUGCAGAAGAUUUUAUAUAUCAGUCAUCUGAGAUUGAAAGUAAGUACAAUCAACUGAAGAAGCUUUUCUCAGAAAUCAUACCAGCCCAGCUUGAAAAUGUCCACAUCUUCAGUGUCUUGAAUAGUCCAGGUGAAACACAAGGAAUAGAUGUUUGGUUUGCAAUUCAUGGGUCACCCUACUACAAAGCAGAGAAACUUAAUGGCAAUAUUGCUGUCUCCAAGGCACGGCUGGAAGCUGUCUUGAAUAUCAACAUCACUCAGGUUGGCAUAGAUGAAUGUGUGACUGCAAACUGCUCUCAUAGCACUGGAUGCAUCAGCAGUACUGAAUUCAGCCCUCUUCCCACAAUAACAACCUCUGGCAGUAUUUUGCUGGCUUCUGUUACAGUCUUGAGCAACUCCCAGUGCACUUGUGAAGCUCGGGAAAGGAAGCACCAUUCCUGUUCCUCCUACCGGAUAAAUCCAUGUUUUAAUGGUGGCACCUGCAUGGACACUGAACUGGGUUACAGCUGCAAGUGCCCAAAUGCUUUUAAUGGGCCAGAAUGCCAACAGACACAGCAUACAUUCCGAGGACAUGGAUAUGCUUGGUUCCCACCCAUCAAACCAUGCUUCCAGAGCCGAAUCUCCUUGGAUUUCAUUACUGAAAUGGCGGAUGGUCUUUUGCUUUACAAUGGGCCAGUAGCACGUGUGAAGCCAGGGGAAGUGGAGGACUUCAUUGCACUAGAGCUUUCUGGGGGUGUUCCAUCGCUAACAUUAAACCAUGGCUCUGGGGCAUUGUUCUUGAGGCUGUCGGAGAAGGUGAAUGUGGCUGAUCGUCGCUGGCAUAACAUAAAAAUAAUAAGCGAUGGAAAGAAAGUACAGCUGAUCUUGGACCACUGUGCAAAUGUUUCUAUUAUGAAUGAUGAUGUUGCCCUAAAGGAUGUUUCAAAAGUGGAUCAUUAUGUCUGUAAAGUGUCUUCUGAAACUCCAGGAAGUGAAAGAUUUCUGAAUGUCCACCAGCCUCUCCAGCUGGGUGGGGUAAAGAAGGCCCAGCCCUACCAUACAUCCCAGAAGCAUUUCAGAGGGUUCGUUGGUUGCAUUCGGAAUAUCGUCAUCGAUAGCCAGGUAUACAAUUUGGAGCACCCUGCAGAGUCUAUAAACAGUGCACCAGGCUGUUCUCUGACAGAUGGACUGUGCCAGAAAGGUGGGGUACCCUCUUGCGGCACCCAUGGCAAAUGCAUUGGUGACUGGGGCUCUUUUAACUGUGACUGUUUCAUUGGCUACAUGGGAUCAAGAUGUGACAAAGCUCUCCCAGAAUGGACAUUUGGAAAGGAUAGCUGGAUUCUUUAUGAGUUGAAAAGUGUAUUUAAUGCUUACAACACACACGUUCGACUCUCAGUGCGCACCAGAAUGUCAUCUAGUACUCUUCUCAGUAUGGCAUCUACAGAUGGGAGUGGAUUCAUCAGAGUGGAGGUUAUUGGUGGACAUUUUGGUGUGAGUUUCAAUUUGGGAGACAAGAAUCAUGUGCUUCAGUUGAGCACUGUGCGUAUAGACAACGGCCAGUGGGCUGAACUAACCCUAGAGAGGUAUCACAAUGAAUUUUCUUUGCGUAUUAAUGAUGGUGGAGGGGACCAUGAGGUAUCAGCCAUUGUCAGAUCAGGAGGACAGUUCAAAAUCAAUCUGGCAAGCAUCGUGCUAGGAAACCGCUUGGCAAAUCGUUCAGAAAGUGAUUUCCAAGGCUGUAUGAGGGAUGUCCGUCUGAAUGGCCAGCCUCUUCUUGUAGAUGGUAAAAGCACUGAAUACAGCUUCAUUGUGGAACAGGAGGGCAUUACCAUAGGCUGCCAUUCCAACUCCUGCAGCAAUCAGCCCUGUUACAAUCCUUUCCACUGCGUAGAUCUGUGGAGGAAGUAUGAAUGCAGAUGUCCAGCUGGAAAAGUAGAAGUGACAGAUAAUCUGACUGGCCUUAAACAGUGCACCUCAUCACCCUGUGGCCACUGGAACUGUAGGAAUGGUGGUACCUGUGUGGCCCAGUCUCGGGACAAAUACGUCUGCCAAUGUCCUGAAGGCUAUAAAGGAAAAUGGUGUGAAGUAAGCCCUGUAAAAGCGGGGCGACCAGUAGGACUCAGCUCUGGUUCCAUCUUGGCUAUCAGCAUGUGCCUGCUUGUUUUUUUAGGUUUAUUAGUCUCUUAUACUGUGUGGAGUCAGUGGGGGAGAUCAAGAUUUCGGAAGGGAGGAAUUUACCACAUUCCCGAGGAACAUGAAAGUUGGGAAGAUGUUAGAGAAAAUGUCUUCAAUUAUAAUGAGGAAGGAGGAGGGGAGCAUGACCUGAGUGUGUAUAAUAUAGAUACACUAAUGAAACCUGUACAAAUCAUACCUCAGUUUUCCUCAGGAACUGCUGCUCCAGUCCUCAGAUCACAUUCGGGACCACAAAGAAACCUCCACGAGAAUCCUGCAUGCUUGAGAGAAACUCUUUCAUUGGUUACCAGUGUCUUAGACUUCAAGCAUUGUAUAUCUCAAAUAAUACAGAAUGCAGACAAGGAUUUGCAGAGUCUUCCAACAGACAGCAUGCAUGUCUAUUGCUUAGAGGGCCAGGGCUCUCUCAGUGGAAGUUUGAGUUCCUUAGAGACCUCCAGCACAGAGGAAGAUUUAAAUUAUGAUUGUCUCAGUGAAUGGGGAUCAAAGUUUGUAAAGCUAAAACAGUUAUAUGAACGAACUGAAAAGUUCUAAAACAUGGAGUCAUGAACCUAACAUACUGCUUGUGAGAUGGAAGCCUCCUCCUAGACUGUACUUAAGAAGCUGUUUACUAAAAAUGAGUUUUUAAUUUGUUACAGUAUUUGACAGUAUUAAACAAAUUAUUCUGUUUAUUAAUGAUGAUCAUUUGGGAACAGUACCUUAGAGUGGCUGAUCUCACCUUCCCUUGAAUGAUCUGAAUAUAAGGUUUUUAUGUGUACUGUAUAAAUAAAGCUAGAGGGAUAUUUGUUGUCACAAUGUUUCAUGAUAGCUUUGAAAUAAAUUUUGUACUGUAGUACCUGUACUGAAAUAGCAUGAAGUAUUUCUAAUGUGUGAAUCUUUAGUAAUAUUCUGUAGGUGCAGAUAUUGACAUUUCUGUUAUCUUGUCUUAUUUAAUCGUAUUAAACCCAAAUUUUUGCAUAGCUAUUGUAAAAUAUAUUUGUAUACUUG